AUGCCUUCCCUUGUCUCCGAGUUCAUCAUCAACCCUGUGCUGCGACAGGCUCGCCGCUUUUCCGAGAUCUCCCGUGCAACGUUGGCCGGCGAUGAAGAGACGCCAGUAGUUCCGCCCGACGCCGUCCACGAUUCUGACGACGCCGACGAUGUCGGGCAGCAGGGGCCCGAUGCAUCGCCCGAUGUAUCGCCUGAGCAACGACGCUCCCGGCCUUUGAGCUCCUCCACCCAGGAGACGAUCGUGGAAGAAGUCCCGGCCGGACCAGCCACGGGUCACGGACCUCUGCUUGACCAUCUUGGCUUCCCAAUAACACCGCCCAGAAAUGCGCCCACUAAGAAUGGCCCCAUUCCCGAGGACGACGGUAUGCGAGAGCUGCGUUCCCGCAUCCAGGAGAUCAACGCUCGGGAGAUCCCAUCUAAUGAAAAGGCCAGGCUCAUGCACGAUACCCUGUUGGAGGGCUAUCGUGCCUCCGUGAUCGCCGGCUCGCCUCUUGCCAAAAGCGAUUCGGAUGACGGCUCCAUCGGCCAGACAUGGGAGCUUGCCAGCCCUGUCGGACCUCUGGAGUCGCUCAAGUACUGGCAGAAUCAAUUGAUUGGAGAGCCGUCAGUCAAGGAGACGUUUGUCUUGAGUGACAGCGACAUAGCUCCGACCUACGCUCCUGUUCGACACUCCAGGACACCAAGCACAACAACUCCAACACACUCGGCUGCUUCGCUUACUGAAACUCGAGGCCCGCUAGGAUGUGAGCACUAUGAGCGGAACGUGAAGUUGCAGUGUUCCACUUGCAAAAAGUGGUAUACCUGUCGUUUUUGCCAUGACAUACACGAGGACCACACGCUGAUCCGCAAGGAUACAAAGAAUAUGCUUUGCAUGCUCUGUGCCACACCGCAAAAGGCGUCUGAGGUCUGCAGUAACUGCGGUGUGGUGUCAGCGCAGUAUUACUGUAACAUCUGUAAGCUCUGGGAGAAUCGGGCCAAUAAGCCCAUCUAUCAUUGCAAUGACUGUGGAAUAUGUCGUCGGGGCAUGGGGCUGGGAAAGGACUUCUUCCAUUGCAAAACAUGUCGAGCAUGUAUCACCACAUCCAUUGAGAGCUCGCACAAGUGUAUCGAGCGAUCAACAGACUGUGACUGUCCGAUUUGUGGCGAGUACAUGUUUACAUCGCCAAAACGGGUUGUCUUCAUGGUGUGUGGCCAUAGCAUACACAAGAAAUGUUAUGAGCAGCACACUCGGGCCUCGUACAAAUGCCCAAUUUGCAACAAGAGCCUCAUGAAUAUGGAAACGCAGUUUCGCAAUUUGGAUCUGGCCAUCCUAAGCCAGCCAAUGCCACCGGAUUUCCUGGCAUAUCACUGGCUUGGACUUAAAUGCUCGAUAUGUCGGUCAUAUAACACGGUAGAGUUGCAGAUCUUGGGGCAGAAUGCCGAGUCGCUCCAGCCGGCAGCUGGUGAUCAGUCUCAGGCCGCACGGGAGGCUGGCGCGCGGGCGCCCAACAGGCGGCGACAUUCUUCCAAUGCACCAGAGCCUCCAUCACGCAUACUCGAAAGAUAUGCCCGAUCCAUGUCGCCUUCUCAUAUGAUGAUGGAUAUACCACAGGCUGCCGUUCUCGAAGUGGACGGAGAGUCUGACGAUGACAUCUUGGGCUUCUGGAGAAGUGGCGAGGAUGAAGAAGAUGAAUCAAGCGAAGAUGAGUACGAUUCUGAUGAAUCGACUGAUGACGAUGCCCACGACGCAGAUGAGGACGAGGAGGAAGAAGAGGAUGAGUUCAAUUUGAUUGGACACAGGUAA